AUGGCUGCAACAACGGCAGAUGCCAUGCCGAUUAUAAGCAAGUUAUAUUGUUCGUCUUCUCAGACAGUGCUUGUAGUUAGGGAAAGGCCUCAUGUGGCGAACGGAGGCGGUUUUGUGGUCACAGAUUGUGGCCAAAAGGUUGUUUUUAGAGUUGAUGGAUGUGGUGUUCUUGGCUCAGAAGGGGAAUUAAUGUUACGCGACAGUAGUGGUGAAGCUUUGCUACUUAUUCGUCGAAAGAGAGGGAUGGUUCAGGCCUUGAGCAUUCAUAGGAAAUGGAAAGGUUACACUUUCGACUACGAAGGAGCACAGAAGCUGGUUUUCAGCUUAAAGGAACCAAACCACUCUUGUUUUGUAAAGAACAAUGCUAUCAGAGUUUCCACUGAGCCUAGAAGAAGCAACAAAGACUGGGACUUCGAGAUCAAAGGUUAUUUCCCUGAUCGGGCUUGUAGCAUUGUUGACUACUUAGGCAAUAUUGUAGCUCAGAUUGGAGUCAAGAAGGAAGUAGACCAGUUGAUGGCUAGCAGGGAUCUCUAUAAUGUAGUUGUGAAACCAGGCAUUGAUCAGGUUUUCAUUGUCGGUGUCAUUGCAAUUCUUGAUUACAUCUAUGGUGAAUCAACAAGGUGCUGA